AUGCCCUUCGAUGUGGAGGCAGCGACUGAGAAGGCCUUGUCUUGCCAACUUCUUGAUUCGACAUCGGCAAAGGCUCUUUGCGAGCGCCUGAAGCCGGUCCUCCUCCGCGAGUGCAACGUGAAGCCCGUGCCCGUGCCUGUGACGGUGGUGGGCGAUGUGCACGGCCAGGUCUUCGACCUGUUGGAGAUGUUUCGAAUUGGGGGACCAGCGUGGCACUCAGUUUGCUGA